UCUAGCGUGAAUUGAUUAGGGCGGGCGUAUAUGGAGGGGAAAUUGUCUUGAGUGCCGUGCAUAUACAAAAAGAUUUUUACAGAAGAAAGGGAAACAAUCAAUCAAACCAUCAUCUCAACUCAACAGGUACACCUAUCAAUAUGGUAAACGCAUCCACAGUCGCCAGCGUAACUGGUAUCACACUUUUGACAGGUUUCUUGGGUUAUGCCGUAUACUUUGAUUAUAAACGUAGAAAUGAUCCAACAUUCCGAUCAAGAAACAAAGAAAGCAUUACAAAGACGUGAAAAAGAAGAAGAACAAUUCUUACAAAAUAUCGUGAAUGAAACCAGUCGUGCAACUGCACCUGACGAACAAACAUUCUCACAAAACGUUCAAAUUGGUGAAUUGUUAGCCGCUCAAGGACCUGAACAACAUUUACAAGCUGCAGCCGCAUUCUUUAAAGCUUUGAAAGCAUACCCAUCUCCAAUGGAAUUACUCAUGAUUUAUCAACAAGCCGUUCCACAAGAGGUAAUGGCUUACAUUCGUAAAAUGGUCUCUCUCGAUCAGGGUUUGUCUGCCGCCUCUCAAGGAUCAACAAGAGCUGCCGAUUUGGCAUCACAAGCAAGCGCAAACAUAGAAGAAAUUGAUGAUGAAGGACCAAAAGGAUCAACAGCCGGAGUAGCAAUUGCACAAGAAGAUCCAGCUCCAAGUGUAAGCAGUCAAGAAUGGGAAAAGGUCAGUCCUGCUGAGGAUGCUGAACAGAAAGCACAACAGGCCACCGAAGCUUCUGCCGUCCCAGCAUCUGAGGCAGCCGCAAAAUCAGUCUCUGAAACCGCUACUGCUGGAUCCACCACACCAGAAGACGUGAUCAGCGAGCAAUCAUCUCAAGCUCCACCAUCAUAAUUGACAGGAUUCGUAUAAUCGCGCGGAUCGAUUGAUCUAUCAGCAAAAGAAAAGCAACGAUAAAGUCGCAGUCUUUACAUUUAUUUGGCACCGCAAUUCGAGCAUGGGGCCAUGAUCUAUAUAAAUACACUAAUCACCACUCACUGCUUUAUCGAAUGCCAGGAUAGAGUAUACCUACCUCGUCACAAAUUGUAGUAUUUUUCUCUUUAUGCACUUCAAAAAGAAUUUUGAUGCAGCUGUAUACAUUCAUGGACGGGGUCAUUGUGUGAGGAUAGGGAGGAUGGACACCAGUAUUAAUUCAAAUGAUG